AUGGCUGCGGGAGACUCCCAAAGGUUGCGCGAGGCGCAAGAAGCCGCAAAAUCGGACCCGAAGAAGGCAGAGGAGUUGUACAAGGAGAUCGUCUCCAAGCCACCAUCAGUCACCUCAGACGCCGCCGUCAAGGAAUACGAACUGGCAUUGCUCAGCCUGGGCGAACUGUACCGCGACCAGAAAAACUCAAACGAUCUCGUCGAGCUCAUCAAAAGGAGCCGGACAGUGCUGUCGUCAUUUGCCAAGGCAAAGACGGCCAAGCUCGUCCGCCAGCUGCUCGACUUCUUCGACGGCAUCCCCAACACAACCGACCUCCAGAUAUCUGUGACCAAGUCAUGUAUAGAGUGGGCAACCUCGGAGCGACGGACAUUCUUGCGGCAGAACCUCGAGACGAGGCUGGUGACGCUGCAUAUGGCCAAGCAGUCCUACUACGAAGCACUGACCUUGAUCAACGGAUUGCUGAAGGAGCUCAAACGCCUCGACGACAAGCUCAUGCUGGUUGAGGUACAACUCCUCGAAUCCCGCGUCUACCAUGCGCUCGGAAACAUCUCCAAGGCUCGCGCCGCCCUGACGAGCGCCCGAACCAGCGCGGCAUCCGUCUAUACCCCACCCAUGCUGCAGGCCAACCUCGACAUGCAAUCGGGCAUGCUGCACGCCGAGGACAAAGACUUCAACACCGCUUUCAGCUACUUCAUCGAGGCUCUUGAUGGCUACCACUCCCAGGACGCUACCAAGAACGCCACCGCCGCUCUGCAGUACAUGUUGUUGUGCAAGAUCAUGCUCAACCUGGUCGACGACGUCAACACUCUUAUGGCUUCCAAGCAGGCGGCCAAGUAUGCCGGUCAGUCCCUCGAGGCCAUGAAGGCGAUUGCGCGCGCCCAUGCCAACAGGUCGCUGGAGGAGUACGAACAGUCCCUCGCUGCCUAUCGUCACGAGCUUGGUGGCGACGCCUUUGUCCGCUCCCACCUGCGCCGCUUGUACGACGCCAUGUUGGAGCAAAAUCUAAUCAAGGUCAUUGAGCCCUUCUCGCGCGUUGAGAUUGACCACAUCGCCAAGAUGGUUGGUCUCGACACGCAGCAAGUCGAGCGCAAGCUGUCGCAGAUGAUUCUGGACAAGGUCAUCAUCGGCGUUUUGGACCAGGGCGCCGGAUGCCUCAUCAUCUUUGACGAGACCCAGCGUGAUGAGGCUUACGACCACGCUCUGGCGACGAUCGAAAAGCUGAGCAGUGUUGUAGACGUCUUGUACACCAAUCAGGCAUCGAUGCUAGAGUAG